UUAAGAAAACUUGUCAUAAAAAUAAGAUCAUCCCCCUUAAGAAGAGAGAAGUUUCAGAAGCAAUGUUUAGCAGCAAGUCUCCCUCUGUUGCAACUAAUUCCAGACAUUAAAACCAGGUGGAAUUCAACAGAAUUAAUGAUUGAAAGGGCUCUUAAGCUCAAGCAAGCACUUCACAAUGUAUCUUCCUCUGACAGAGACCUCAGAAAAUUUCUACUUUCUGAAGAUGAAUGGGAUUAUAUUCAAGAAAUAUCUAAAAUAUUGGAGCAUUUUAAAGUAGCAAGUGACUACAUAACUGGACAAAAAUACCCCACAUUAUCUUUUUCUGUACCUGUAUAUAACUAUUUAUUAGAUAAAAUAGAAGCUGAAUUAAAUAAAAAUAGAAAUGAAACAAUAAAAAAUGUGUGUAGAUUAGCAAAAAAAAAAAUCAAAUCAUAUUAUCCUACAACUGAUGGUGAUGUGUAUAUUAUUGCAACUAUAUUAGAUCCUAGACUUAAAUUACAAUAUUAUGCUGACAAUAAUUGGGAGGAGUAUUAUAUUAAUGAUGCAAAAAGAAUAAUAAUUGAUGCUUGGACCAAUUAUUAUAAAAACAAUGAUCUUGCUAUGGUUGUGCCUAAUAAACCAGAUCCACUCUUGAAUCAUGUUUUCAAAAAACAAAAAACACAACCAAAUGAUGAAUUAAAAAGAUAUUUAGGAGAAGAAGUUAUAGAUAGUGAAUUGGAUGUAUUACAAUGGUGGAAG